AUGAGCGAAACUCCUCCCACUCGAAGUGUGCGAAAUGCGAAGAAGAACGCACUGAAGAACGCAGUCUGGCUGCCGGAGAAGACGCGCACUAAGCGCCAGCAACAAGACACGCCAAGUUCGCAACGUGACACGCCAAGUUCGCAAUGUGAACCGCAAUGGGGUUCACAAUUGCGGUCGAAGCCUAAAUCAACAAAGAAGAGGAAGAUUGUCUCACCAGUGGCAGAGCGAGAAGACAAAGUGGCGACUAAGCGCCGGUCACCAGAGAUGCCCGGUUCACAAGGUGAACCACAGUGGGGUUCACAACCACGGUCACGGUCCAAGCCUAAAUCAACUAAGAAGCGAUAUCGUACUGCCUCACCUGCGGCGUCAGAUGACGAAGAUGAAGCUGCGAAACGCAAACGAUUGCGGCUGGAUGCUAAAAAAUCCUCAGGCCAUACCACUCAUCAACUGACAUCCAUCAAGGAAGAUCAGUUAGAACAGAGCGGGAGCGAAGAAGCAGGCGACCAUACCGAUAGCGAUCAGACUGAUUUUGCCAGCGAUGCGAAGGACUCGUCCGAUGAUAGCGACUUUGAAGACCCAACAUCUAUCGCAAAGAUGCUAUCAACAGAGAUUCCGAGUUUCGUCUCAAGUUCCAAGGCAAAGAACCCUCCGGUGAACAAACAGUCUGCUCGCGAUCGUAAACGAGCCGCAGAGACACCUGUGUGGGCCAGCGAUACUGGCAUGCAUCUUACAAAGGCCCACAUCGUGAAGGCAGAGUCCGAGCACUAUUUUUCGGAUGCUGACAACAAGUCGGAUACCAGUAGUGCCACUGGUAGUCGAUCGUCUUUGCGUCCCUCCGGAUCUUCGAGUGCAAAACUCAUCCUGACCGAACACGGGAAAGUAAAGAUGACGGACCAGGAUAUCACCACUCGAAAAGUGAUUCAAGGUGCUAUCCUCGAGGCGAAGGCCUAUAUGAUGUUUGUUAACGGCUACCCCGAGCUAAUCGAAAAAACUUCCUUUUCACGCGACACGCUCCUGAAGGCAGCUCGCGAUUGUCGUGCGACAUCUAUCGAGAUGCAAAUCAAGACUAAUGAUGCAUAUGCGUCGGCUCUCGCAACCCUGGUCGAAGCUCGGGUACCGCUGUUUCGUGGUGAUCUGAAGGACGACGCUUGCGGCCAAGUCGCGGCUUACCUUCGCUUAGGAUCCAAUAGUAUUGCCUCUGCUAAGGCCUUCAUCGAGGACCACAGCUAUCAUUAUUUCAUGCAGUUCGGUGAUAACGACGUCCCGAAACCAGUGCGGCACAAACCUUACAUGGGUGAUCUCAUGGUGCACCUUAUGAAGGGCCGCUAUUUUAAUGGACCGAAGUCAGUUGGUGCCAUGUUCGCACAGAAAUUUUCCGAUAUCGCAAAGAAUAAAGCCAACCGGCCUGAGGUCCCCAUUCCUAUGGUCGCUUUGACCAGUACUUCGGUGUACGCGGCACUCUUCUGGAAGGCUCAGGGCUCUCCGUCGAAGUUCAACUUCACGGGGAACCAAUUUAGCGAAGUCUACGUCUUCCACGUCCAAUUCCUCGAGGAUCUGAAGGCGAAGGCACCUCAAAAAUUCCACAAACUUAUGGCAGAUAUUUUCGCUGCAAUACAGGAUCUCAUGCACACUAAGAAGGCUGUUGCUGAUCUGAAGACAAAUGCACUCGCAUUCCUCGAUCUCGACGGGAUGGAGGAGUAG